AUGUUGGUUGACAGUUCGAAUGGAGAUUUUAAUGCUGAUGUAAUUAUAACUGGAACAAAAGCAGCACAAAAUGAAGCUAAAAAAUUAAUAGAAGAGUUACUAGAUGAUUCUCCGCACCCUAUACCAAAGACAGUAGAACAGAAUAAGAUGCAAUAUAACGAACCUAAGAUAGAUUUUAAUAAUUUUGACUGGACCCAAGCUAGUAAACAAUGUGAUAAUUAUCUAAAAGAAAAGUGGUCAAAAUUCCCACCUAUUGUCAAAAACUUUUAUAAAGAGCAUCCUCAUGUUGCUAGUAUGACAAAAGAAUAUGUAGCACAUAUAAGGAAAAUAAAUAAUAAUAUAGAAGCCAGUUACAUGUUUAGUGAAAAAGAAAAACAUUCUGAAGAACCUGUUCCAAAUCCAAUUGAAACAUUCGAACAGGCCUUUGAACCUUAUCCAGAUAUACUCGAGAAAAUAAGGAAACAAGGAUUUACAAAACCUAGUCCUAUCCAAUGUCAAGCUUGGCCUAUCCUUCUUAGUGGUAAAGAUCUCAUUGGUAUUGCUCAAACAAGCACAGGAAAAACGUUAGCAUUUUUACUGCCAGCUUUAAUACAUAUAGAGGGACAAGAAACGCCGCGAUCGGAACGGAAUGGCCCUAAUGUUCUUGUUAUGGCUCCAACAAGAGAAUUAGCAUUACAAAUAGAGAAAGAAGUGAAUAAAUAUACUUAUCAUGGUAUAAAAGCGGUAUGUGUGUAUGGGGGUGGCAGUCGUAAGGAACAAAUCACCCUGGUACUAAAAGGGUUAGAAAUAGUCAUUGCAACGCCUGGAAGACUGAAUGAUCUCGUUGAAGCGAAUGUUUUGAAUGUUUCAUCUGUCACAUAUCUUGUGUUGGAUGAAGCUGAUCGUAUGCUUGACAUGGGGUUUGAAGCUCAAAUUAGAAAAACUUUGUUAGAUAUAAGACUAGAUCAACAAACAGUUAUGACAAGUGCCACGUGGCCUCACUCAAGAAGUGAAUAA